UGUACUGUUAAAUAGUUAAAUUCAAGAUUCAUAAAACUCGCCUCUCAGUUGGCUCCCCUUGCUUGCUUGUGCGAUCUUCUAACAACCAGCUAUCAGAAAAUGCAACAGAAAAUUGGAAAAACUGUGAUGGAGAAAUGGAGAGCUUCAUCUCAUAUUCUUAGCUACGCCACAAAACCGCGUUUCCAUCUCUGGUUAAUGUCUAAUUCUGAGAAUUCAAUUUCUCGAUCGGGUUCAGAGCGGGACUGCAAAACUCUCCAACCAUGUACUGAACAUCAAAAUCGAAUUCUUCGUACAUCUUCUCAUCAUCGUAAAGAUCAUACCGGUCAUGGUAAAACAUUUGCAAAGCAGCAGUACAGAUAUUUUAGUUCAGUAGCUACGGAAAUUCAGCGCAAACCUUCAUUUUCUACUUUAAAUUCUGAUGAUAUUAGCUAUUUUAAGGAAAUAUUAGGAGAGAAAAACGUAAUUCAGGAUGAAGAUAGGCUUCAGGCUGCAAAUACGGAUUGGAUGCAGAAGUACCGGGGCUCAAGUAAACUUCUACUCCAACCGAGGAGCACUGAGGAGGUCUCUCAGAUUCUUAAAUACUGCAACUCUAGAUGCUUGGCUGCCGUUCCUCAAGGUGGAAAUACUGGUCUUGUAGGUGGAAGUGUUCCUGUUUUUGAUGAGGUCAUUAUUAGCAUUGGUUUGAUGAAUAAAAUCAUAGCUUUUGAUCAGGUCAGUGGUAUCUUAGUAUGUGAAGCGGGAUGCAUAUUGGAAAAUCUGGUGUCUUUCCUGGACAACCAAGGAUUUAUUAUGCCACUGGACUUAGGUGCUAAAGGAAGCUGCCAAAUUGGUGGAAAUGUUUCAACUAAUGCUGGUGGUUUGCGCCUUGUUCGAUAUGGUUCACUCCAUGGCUCUGUACUUGGUAUUGAAGCUGUUUUAGCAACCGGUCAAGUGCUGGACAUGCUUGGCACUUUACGCAAAGAUAAUACUGGGUAUGACUUGAAGCAUUUAUUUAUAGGAAGUGAAGGAUCCUUGGGAAUUGUAACCAAAGUUUCAAUACUUACCCCUCCUAAGCUAUCCUCAGUGAAUUUAGCAUUCCUUGCAUGCAAAGAUUAUAACAGCUGCCAGAAACUUCUAUUUGAAGCAAAGAGAAAACUCGGGGAGAUUCUAUCUGCUUUUGAAUUUUUAGAUGACAUGUCAAUGAGUUUGGUUCUCGAUCGCUUAGAAGGUGCUCGGAAUCCAUUACCUUCCUCCACGGACAAGUUUUAUGUUCUGAUUGAGACAACAGGCAGUAAUGAAUCUUAUGACAGGGAGAAGCUUGAGGCCUUCCUACUUCGCUCCCUAGAAAGUGGCUUGAUUUCAGAUGGAGUAAUUGCACAAGACUUGAACCAAGCAUCCUCAUUUUGGCGGAUACGUGAGGGUGUACCAGAAGCAUUACAAAAGGCAGGUGCUGUUUACAAAUAUGACUUGUCUUUACCAGUCGAAAAAAUAUACGAUCUUGUUGAGGACAUGCGAGAAAGACUGGGUGAUUCGGUAAAAGUGGUUGGAUACGGGCACCUUGGAGAUGGGAAUUUACAUCUUAAUAUUUCUGCUCCGCAGUAUGAUAAAGCGCUUUUAUCCCAAAUUGAACCCUAUGUUUAUGAAUGGACAUCCAAGCACCGAGGCAGUAUCAGCGCAGAACAUGGCAUAGGACUGAUGAAAGCUAAUAAAAUCUUCUAUAGCAAGUCACCUGACACUGUGCAAGUAAUGGCUUCAAUCAAGAAGCUGCUGGACCCCAAUGGGAUACUCAACCCUUAUAAAGUUAUUCCACAUUCCCUCUGCUAGUGUAAAUACAGGUAAGGAAUUAGAUCCUGAAAUUUAAUAGCGACUUUUAUUACUAUUUUGUAAUUUCGUAUGAAAUAUUUUUGAAGAAAGAUAACUUGUGAUUUAUUUGAGUUGAGGGACAAAAAAACUAGCCAAUCAGUUGUAACGCGGUAUUUUUGUAAAGUGGAGCAUUAUAUCUAAAUAUUAUGUGGAGUACUUAUUAUAAUCAAUAAAUAAGUGUU